UAUUUCAAUUCAAAUUUUACAGGUUAUUAAAAAAUGGUUUCCCCUUUAUUGAUGUUCCAAUUCCCGCAUAUUCUGUUGGUUGAUUUGAUAAAUUAUCAUUCAAAUCUUGUUAAUUACAAAAGCUAAAGACUGAAAAGGAGCUCGCACUAACGCUUUCAUUUCUUUGGUUCACUCUCCAACGCAGACGAAUAACCAGGUAUGAAAGCUCUGCUCAAUCCCGACCCUACGAUCUCCGCCUUCUCUCCGAUCACCGUCAAACCUCGAGCCUUCACGCCAUCCAAGAUCCGAGCCUCGCUUCAGUUCUCUGCGAAUGAUGGAGGCCGUUGGAUUCGACGAAAAGGUCGGUUGACUGUGAAAGCAGUUUUGGAUUCGGCGACGAUUGAUCAGCUAGGGCUUCCGGAAUCUGAUUUUCGAAAUCCGGCGAUAUCGUCAUCUUAUCGGAGCUCCAACUAUACGAAACCUAAUCAGACGGUGUUAGAAGCUCAGGCUAGAGUCUGUACUGGCCCUACUCAGACGAGGCCUCUCUCAGAAGAACAGGCUUUUAAGGUUUUUGAAACAAUUUUGAGAUCAGCCAAAGGAGAACUCAAAGAUGAGGAAGCAGUUUCAAAAGCGCAACUUGGGGCUUUUUUUGCUGCCAUGACAAUUCGUGCAAAUGCCUUUCCAGAAGCAACCCAAUGGAGUGAAGGGGAAAGGCUUGCAAUGAACACAUAUUGGCCACUUUUAGUUCGAGCCCUUCCCCCAGAUAUAAUCUUCAUAGCUGACCCAGAAGGCUCAAUAAUGGGAGUUGGAAGUUCCAUAGGGCCCCAAUUUGUUGGAAAUGGCACUACUGAAAUGAGAUUGGUAGGUGCCCUUAGGGAAGUUUUGGCAGGGGGUCAUCUUGGAUAUCAGGAGGUUCAAGGUGUUUUAAGAGAUGUUCUCCCUGUGAAAUUGGUGGACAUGCAAUCAGAUGAUUUAAGUGAGUCUCUGCUUUCAGCAUUUUUUAUAGGCCAGCGUAUGAACAGGGAAACAGACCGGGAACUAAAAGCCUAUUGCCUUGCAUUUGAUGAUGAACUUGGUCCCCCACCAGUUGCUGAUGUCAAGUCAUUGACUCAUUAUGGUGAACCUUAUGAUGGAAACACACGUUACUUCAGGAGCACUCUGUUUGUUGCUGCAGUCAGGUCCUGUUAUGGUGAAUCUUGCUUGCUUCAUGGGGUGGAAUGGAUGCCGCCAAAGGGUGGAAUAACUGAAGAACAAAUGCUGAAGUUCAUGGGAGCAAAUACACACUUAUCACCAUUGCAGGCGAAAAAACUUCUUGAGGAUGAGGAAGUUGGUUUUGCUUAUGUAAGUCAACGUGAAGUUCAACCAUCUCUAUAUUCAUUAAUUGGAUUGAGGGAACAUAUAAAGAAACGUCCACCACUGGCAACAACGGAGAAGGUUCAGCAGUUUGUGAGGGCUAGCGGGAGGGAAGCAAUUGUUGCUGGAUUUUAUCAUGAAGGUUUCGAGGAACCACUGUUAAUGCUAAUGAGAAGAAGAGGUGUUCAAUCAGGUUUGGUGGUAAAGGGUGAGGAAGGUGCCCUUUCAAUGACGACAAGAUUGCGGUCAACAAGCGCAUCAAAAGGACUCCCUGUGAAUUACUGUUCAGGGUUCCGUUCACUGAAUGCAUUGCCUGCUUGUGAAGCAGAUGGUGUGUCACGGGAAAGUUUCAACUUUGAGGUUAAUGCGAAGGACUAUGGCUUUGAACCCACUGAUACUCCAAGAACUGAUAGAUCGGUUUCAAGGAAUAUAGAGCUGGGGUUAGCAGCUCUACAUGGCGAAAAAGGCCCAGCUUAUGAUCGAGUAGUCUUAAAUGCUGGAAUGGUUGAUCACUUGCUGGGAUGUGAUGGUGCCCGAGAUAUAUCCUCAGCCAUGGAUAGAGCGAGAGAGGCCAUUGACAGUGGUAAAGCCUUAACAAGGCUCCUUAAUUACAUAAAGAUGUCUCACAAAGUGAAGUGAAAACAUUCUCGGUUUUGGAUGGUGCUUGCUCCCUUUUGUGCCUUCAUUUUGUAGAGGGGUAAAUUUUUUUAUUUACAUGAAUUGGUAAACAAAGGGGGAGUAGGAUCUUUGCAGUUUUUUCUGGAAAUUAAGCUGUUUGCGAUUUUUUUCUUUCUUUUUUCAUUACUUGUACACAACACUGUGAUAAAUGUAACCCCCUACAUCAGAAGAAUUUUGAUUACAUAGUAGCAAAUGGUAUAUGUCUCCUGAUAUGUAAAUUCUAGA